AUGGGUCUUCCGCACGACGCUCCGCGCGGGGGCCCGGACAACGCGCGCAACACCUUCCGCGGAGUGCGCCAGCGCAAGUGGGGCUCCUGGGUGGCGGAGAUCACUCACCCGCGCCUCAGAACGCGCGUCUGGCUCGGAUCCUUCCGCACGGCGGAAGCUGCUGCACGGGCGUACGAUUCCGCUGCUCUCAAGCUCCUCGGCCCUUCCGCUGCUCUCAACUUCCCGCAACCUCAGGCGCCCCCAGCCGGCAACGUUGCUGGGAGUGAGGCGGCGGCGAUCAGCCGCCAGACUUCCCCCGUGCUGUCCCCGCCAACCAAUCAAAGCACAGCGGCAGGCGCAGUAGCGUCGCCUGCACCUGAUGUGGUAACCAGCUUGACUUCCCUUCCCUUCGCGGCUCCCACCCAGGCACCCGUCAGUCUUCCAGCCAAACCUGCAGUCGUCCCCUGCAUGGGCUUCCCUGCUCUGACUGCGGUGGAGAGCGGUUCCAGAACCUCCGUGCCCCUUUCGGCUGCACGCCCCUUCAGUUCCGCAGCUGACCCUGCACUUGGCACCUGCUUGGGCUUCCCUCCUCUGACUGCGGUGGAGUGCGGUUCCAGAACUCCUGCUGCUAAUACCACCACUACCAGCACCUGCGGUGGUGUCUCUGCUGGGCACAUGAGAGCACAGAUGCUGCAGCGGCUGCUGCCGCCGUCUCAAGACAGCAUGAGGGCACACAGGACUGAUCAGACUCUCGGCUUCACUCCCAAUGCAUUUUCACGAGGCAGCGCGAGGGCACAGACGCUCGAUCAUGCUUCAGCCAGCGCAGUCGGCGCCAUCACUGUCGUUGAUGCUUGCCCCAUUGCUGCUGCUGGAGAGGGGUUGCCAUCCCCGCCGGGCCAUCUGCCAAGCCUGACGAGACAUGUGCCGUCCCUGCCGAGCCAUGUGCCGUCCCUGCCGAGCCAUGUGCCGUCCCUGCCGAGCCAUGUGCCGUCCCUGCCGAGCCAUGUGCCGUCCUUGCCGAGCCAUGUGCCGUCCCUGCCGAGCCAUGUGCCGUCCCUGCCGAGCCAUGUGCCGUCCCUGCCGAGCCAAGUGCCUACCCUGCCGGGCCAAGUGUCGGCGUGUGUUGCUGCGCUGGCUGCUCUAGAACCACUCGCUCCUCAGAACCGCAAUGCAAGCAUUCAUUCUGGCCUCAAUGGUGCCUGCACUCCUCCUCCUGCCGCCGCCGGUGCCAGAGCCAGCGCUGCUACAAGAAAGAGGUCAUGGGAGCAGGCGGCCAUGCCCAUACAGUCACACCAGUCACUCGUGUCACACCAGUCAGCUCCUACAGUCACACCAUUGGACGGGCAGCUGGCGGCUUUGCUGCGGGAGAUGGAGGCGGAGGAGGAGAGACGGGCGAUGGAGGCUCCGUGGGUUGAGCAGUCAAAGCAGGUCGAGACGCUGUUGCUGAAGCUUGAAGAGCAGGAGAGAAAGGGAAGGAAAUUUUCGAGCGGUGAGCAAGCAGGGCAGGUUGGGCCAUUGCUGCCUGGAUUCAACAGCCCUCAGCAGGUGCAGCAUGAACUGCAGGCAGCGAUGCAGCUGGGGGUGCCUUUGCCUCAAAUUCAACCAGCACAGCAAGUUCAUGUGCCAGCUCAGCAGCACCCACCACAGCAUGUCCGUGUGCCAGCUCAGCAGCCACCCACACAUUCCACGCUGGACUCUCUGCUGCAGCAGCUGGAGGCGACACAGCAGUAUGAGAUGAUGCUGCUGGCCCAGGCAAUGGAAGCGCAGAGGAGAGAGGAAGAGAGGUGCUCUGCUCUUCAGCCUCUGGUUUCGCCCGCGCUGCCCCAAUCUCAGCCAGCUAUGCAGCUCUCCUACGCAUCACCACUUGCACCUCCUCAUCAGCAGUCCAUGAAUUCAGCAGUGUUGCUCAAGAAUACAGUUUCUUUGGAGCCCCACACUCCUACCAACUCGCAGUUUCUGUCAUUUAGAAAUACAGGUUCACAUAGCCCAAGUAUAACAGACUCCGAGCUUGAUUUUCUGAAUGACAUAAUGAGUGCAUGGGAUUGA